GAGGCGGCAGGCGUUUGGUUGAGAGGCGGGUGCCGGAUGGUGGAGUACCACUGAUGAGAGAGAGAGCGGGCAAUAAAGAAGAAGGGACUCUUUUUAGCUCGCAUUGUAUUUCCACGCGGAUACUGGAAAACUCCACAGGAGGAUUUGCUUCACCUGCUCGUGUGGUGGCCAAGCGAGGAGUACUGCUUCUGGUAGCUGCCGGAAAUGUCGCAGAGGAGUGGGCAAGAGGACCCGGAGCGGUACCUUUUUGUGGACCGCGCUGUUGUCUACAACCCAGCUUCGCAGGCCGACUGGACCGCCAAGAGACUAGUAUGGAUCCCGUCUGAGCGCCACGGCUUUGAGGCGGCCAGCGUGCGCGAGGAGCGCGGCGAUGAGGUGGUCGUGGAGCUGGCGGAGAACGGGAAGAGGGCGUCGGUCAACAAGGACGACAUCCAGAAGAUGAACCCGCCUAAGUUCAGUAAGGUGGAGGACAUGGCAGAGCUUACAUGCCUCAACGAAGCCUCUGUACUACACAACCUCAAGGACCGCUAUUACUCGGGCCUCAUUUAUACAUACUCUGGCCUCUUCUGUGUCGUCAUAAAUCCCUACAAAAACCUCCCCAUCUACUCUGAGAACAUCGUGGAAAUGUACCGUGGCAAAAAGAGGCACGAGAUGCCCCCUCACAUCUACGCCAUCUCAGAGUCUGCUUACAGAUGCAUGCUACAAGAUCGAGAGGACCAGUCCAUUUUGUGCACUGGUGAGUCUGGAGCUGGCAAGACGGAGAACACAAAGAAGGUCAUCCAGUACCUGGCACAUGUUGCCUCCUCCCACAAAGGAAGGAAAGACCAUAACAUUCCUCCAGAAUCUCCUAAACCAGUGAAGCUCCAGGCGCAAAAUGCAGUUAGUGGAGCCCUCUUUUAUGGUGAACUGGAACGUCAGCUUUUACAAGCCAACCCCAUCCUUGAAUCCUUUGGGAAUGCGAAAACGGUGAAAAACGACAACUCGUCACGUUUUGGGAAAUUCAUCCGCAUCAACUUUGAUGUUACAGGAUAUAUUGUUGGGGCCAACAUUGAAACAUAUUUAUUGGAGAAAUCCAGAGCGAUCCGCCAAGCCAAAGAUGAACGCACCUUCCAUAUUUUUUACCAACUGUUAGCUGGAGCGGGAGAACACCUCAAAUCCGACCUGCUUUUGGAGGGAUUCAACAACUACCGAUUCCUGUCUAAUGGCAACAUCCCAAUCCCGGGCCAGCAGGAUAAAGACAACUUCCAUGAGACAAUGGAGGCCAUGCACAUUAUGAGCUUCUCCCAUGAGGAGAUUCUGGCCAUGUUGAAAGUGGUGUCCUCGGUUCUUCAGUUUGGGAACAUUAUCUUUAAGAAGGAAAGGAAUACUGACCAGGCCUCCAUGCCUGAUAACACAGCCGCUCAGAAGCUGUGUCACCUGUUGGGCAUGAGUGUCAUGGAGUUUACUCGAGCCAUCCUCUCUCCAAGGAUCAAAGUGGGAAGAGACUAUGUCCAGAAAGCCCAAACCAAAGAGCAGGCUGACUUUGCUGUGGAGGCCCUGGCGAAAGCAACAUACGAGCGUCUCUUCCGUUGGCUGGUCCAUCGCAUUAACAAAGCUCUGGACAGGACCAAAAGACAGGGGGCCUCCUUCAUCGGCAUCCUGGACAUUGCUGGCUUUGAGAUCUUCCAGCUCAAUUCGUUCGAGCAGCUCUGCAUCAACUAUACAAAUGAAAAGCUGCAGCAGCUCUUCAACCACACCAUGUUCAUCCUUGAGCAAGAGGAGUACCAGAGGGAGGGAAUCGAGUGGAGCUUCAUCGACUUUGGCCUGGACCUGCAGCCUUGCAUCGACCUCAUUGAGAGGCCGGCAAACCCUCCAGGGGUGCUAGCUCUGCUGGAUGAGGAAUGCUGGUUCCCCAAGGCCACAGACAAGACCUUUGUGGACAAGCUGAUCCAGGAACAGGGAACACACACCAAAUUCCAGAAACCGCGCCAGCUCAAAGACAAAGCCGAUUUCUGUAUCAUCCACUAUGCUGGAAGGGUGGACUACAAGGCCGAUGAGUGGUUAAUGAAGAACAUGGACCCCCUCAAUGACAACGUGGCCACGCUUCUGCAUCAGUCCACCGACAAAUUUGUGGCGGAGCUGUGGAAAGAUGAGAUUCAGACCAUUCAAAGGGCUUCAUUCUAUGACAAUGUCACUAGUCUGGAUGAGCCAGCAGUGGAUCGUAUAGUGGGGCUGGACCAGGUGGCAGGCAUGAAUGAGACGGCGUUCGGCGCCACCUACAAAACGAAGAAGGGCAUGUUUAGGACGGUGGGUCAGCUCUACAAGGAGUCACUCACCAAGCUCAUGGCCACGCUGAGGAACACCAACCCCAACUUUGUCCGCUGUAUCAUCCCCAACCACGAAAAACGAGCAGGUAAGCUGGAGCCUCACCUGGUUCUGGACCAGUUGAGGUGUAAUGGCGUUCUUGAGGGGAUCCGUAUCUGCAGGCAGGGCUUCCCCAACCGUAUUGUCUUUCAGGAAUUCAGACAGAGAUAUGAGAUCCUCACUCCCAACGCUAUCCCCAAGGGCUUCAUGGAUGGGAAACAAGCUUGUGAGAGAAUGAUCCAAGCCCUUGAGCUGGAUCCCAAUCUGUUUCGGAUUGGCCAGAGUAAAAUCUUCUUCAGAACUGGCGUACUGGCUCACUUGGAGGAGGAACGUGAUCUAAAGAUCACAGACAUCAUCAUUUACUUCCAGUCUGUGUGCCGUGGCUACUUGGCACGCAAGGCCUUUGCUAAGAAACAGCAGCAGCUAAGCGCCCUGAAAGUUCUCCAGCGGAACUGUGCAGCUUACCUGAAGCUGCGACACUGGCAGUGGUGGAGACUGUUUACCAAGGUAAAGCCUCUUCUCCAGGUUACCAGGCAGGAGGAGGAGAUGCAGGCCAAAGACGAGGAGCUAGUCAAGGUGAAGGAGAGACAGCUGAUGGUGGAAAAUGAGCUUGUGGAUAUGGAGAGGAAACACCAACAGCUCGUGGAGGAAAAGACAAUUCUAGCAGAGCAGCUCCAAGCAGAAACAGAGCUGUUUGCAGAGGCUGAAGAGAUGCGAGCUCGUCUGGCCUCCAGAAAGCAAGAGCUUGAGGAGAUCCUCCAUGACCUGGAAUCUCGGGUAGAGGAGGAGGAGGAGAGGAACCAGAGUCUGCAGAACGAGAAGAAGAAGAUGCAGUCGCACAUUCAGGACCUCGAGGAGCAGCUCGAUGAGGAGGAAGCCGCACGACAGAAGCUUCAGCUCGACAAAGUGACUGCUGAAGCAAAGAUCAAGAAAUUAGAAGAAGACAUUGUGUUGCUGGAGGACCAGAACACCAAGUUCCACAAGGAGAAGAAGCUACUGGAGGACCGGAUCAACGAAGCAACCACCAUGCUGACAGAGGAGGAGGAGAAAGCAAAGAACCUUGGAAAGCUCAAGAACAAGCAGGAGAUGAUGAUGGUGGAUCUGGAGGAGCGUCUGAAGAAGGAAGAGAAAACGCGUCAAGAGCUGGAGAAGGCAAAACGCAAGCUGGAUGCUGAGACGACAGACCUGCAAGACCAAAUUGCUGAGCUCCAGGCGCAGAUUGAGGAAUUGAAGAUCCAGUUGGCCAAGAAAGAAGAAGAGCUGCAGACAUCCUUGGCCAGGACGGACGAAGAGACGGCACAGAAGAACAAUGCCCUCAAGCAGAUCCGCGAGUUGCAGGCCCAACUGGCUGAGCUCCAGGAGGACCUGGAAUCUGAAAAGCUGUGCAGGAGUAAAGCUGAAAAACUGAAGAGGGACCUCAGCGAGGAGCUUGAGGCUCUGAAGACGGAGCUGGAGGACACGCUGGACACUACCGCCGCCCAGCAAGAACUCAGAACCAAGCGAGAGCAAGAAGUAGCUGAGCUGAAGAAAGCGAUUGACGAGGAGAGCAAAAACCAUGAGGCCCAGAUCCAGGAAAUGAGGCAGAGGCACGCCACAGCGCUGGAGGAACUCUCUGAACAACUGGAUCAGGCUAAGAGAUUUAAGUCCAACUUGGAAAAGAACAAGCAGUGCCUGGAAAAUGACAACAAAGAGUUGGUCUGCGAGGUGAAGAUUCUGCAGCAGACAAAAACAGAGUCUGAACACAAGAGGAAGAAGCUGGAGUCCUUGAUGCAGGAGUUCUCAGCCAGAACCACUGAAAUGGAGCGAGCCAAGGGGGAGAUGGCCGACCGUUCCCACAAACUCCAGUUGGAGCUGGACAACGUGUCAACCUUGCUGGAGGAGGCGGAGAAGAAGAGCAUCAAAUUGACCAAGGAUGCCGACAACUUGGGAAGCCAGCUGCAGGAUGCGCAUGAGUUACUGCAGGAGGAGACCCGCCAGAAGCUGAACCUGGGCAGUCGAGUGCGUCAGCUGGAGGAGGAGAAGAACACCUUGCUGGAGCAGCAGGAGGAGGAGGAGGAGGCUCGACGCAACUUGGAGAAACAGCUGCAGACGGCCCAAGCUCAGCUGCUCGAGACCAAGAAGAAGCUGGAGGAGGAUGUGGGAGCCAUGGAAUGCCUGGAAGAGGUGAAGCGAAAACUCCAGAAAGACGUGGAGCUGAGCAGCCAGCGUCUGGAGGAGAAAGCCAUGACAAUGGACAAGAUGGAGAAGACCAAAAACCGACUGCAGCAGGAACUAGAUGACCUGGCGGUGGACUUGGACCACCAGAGGCAGAUCGUCUCCAACUUGGAAAAGAAGCAGAAGAAGUUUGACCAGAUGCUGGCCGAGGAGAAAACCGUGUCGGCUAGGUACGCCGAGGAGCGUGACCGUGCGGAGGCCGAGGCCAGGGAGAAGGACACCAAGGCCUUGUCCAUGGCCAGGGCUCUGGAGGAGGCGCUGGAGGCCAAGGAGGAGCUGGAGAGAUUCAACAAGCAGCUCCGUGCAGAAAUGGAGGACCUGAUGAGCUCAAAGGAUGACGUGGGAAAGAAUGUCCAUGAGCUGGAGAAGUCCAAGCGUACGCUGGAGCAGCAGGUGGAGGAGAUGCGGACUCAGCUGGAGGAGCUGGAGGAUGAGCUGCAGGCCACCGAGGAUGCCAAAUUGCGGCUCGAGGUCAACAUGCAGGCCAUGAAGGCCCAGUUUGAUCGAGACUUGCAGGCCAGAGACGAGCAGGGCGAUGAGAAGAAGAGAGCACUGGUCAAACAGGUGCGUGAAAUGGAGGCCGAGUUGGAGGACGAGAGGAAGCAGAGGACGCUAGCUGUGGCCUCCAAAAAGAAGCUGGAGAUGGACCUCAACGAGCUGGAGGGACAAAUAGAAGCAGCCAACAAAGGCAGGGAUGAGGCCAUGAAGCAACUGAAGAAACUACAAGCUCAGAUGAAAGACUAUCAGAGGGAGCUGGAGGAGGCGCGGGCCUCCAGGGAUGAGAUCUUUCUGCAGUCCAAAGAAAACGAGAAGAAACUCAAGAGCCUCGAAGCAGAAGUCUUACAACUACAAGAGGACCACGCCGCCUCGGAGAGAGCCCGCCGCCAUGCCGAACAGGAGCGGGACGAACUGGCGGACGAAAUCUCCAACAGCACUUCCGGAAAGUCUUUGCUGCUGGAUGAAAAGAGGAGGCUCGAGGCUCAAAUCGCCCAGCUGGAGGAGGAGCUGGAGGAGGAGCAGGGCAACGCGGAGCUGCUCAACGAGCGCUUCAGAAAGAGCACGCUGCAGGUGGAGACUCUAAGCACAGAGCUGGCUGCAGAGCGCGGUGCCUCCCAGAAGAGUGAGAACGCCCGGCAACAGAUGGAGCGUCAGAACAAGGAGUUGAAAGCCAAACUAGCGGAGCUGGAAGGCUCGGUCAAGUCCAAGUUUAAGGCUUCCAUCACGGCGCUGGAAGCUAAAAUCUUGCAGCUGGAGGAGCAGCUGGAACAGGAGGCAAAAGAGAGAGCAGCGGCCAAUAAGAUAGUCCGACGCACGGAGAAAAAGCUGAAGGAGGUGAUGAUGCAGGUGGAGGACGAGCGCCGUCAUGCCGACCAGUACAAAGAACAGAUGGACAAAGGCAACUCGCGUAUGAAGCAGCUGAAGCGUCAGCUGGAGGAGGCGGAGGAGGAGGCCACCAAGGCCAACGCGUCGCGUAGGAAGCUGCAGAGGGAGCUGGACGACGCCAGUGAAGCCAGCGAGGGUCUCAGCCGCGAGAUCAGCAGCCUCAAGAGCAGACUCAGGCGUGGCGGCCCCGUCGGCUUCUCAUCCUCCGGUCGCUCGGGCCACCACAACCUGAACGUGGACGGCGCCUCCGUGGAUCGCUCUGAUGAUGACGCCGACAGCCGCACCAGCGACUUCAACGACAUCGGCAAUAUGGAGUGAAGGAUCACACUCGCUCACUCUGACUUGGACUCGAAACAAUGCAGCACAUCUGUCCGCCAAUACGACACCCACAGCGGUACCUUGACUUACAACUGGCCCAAGUUCCCACAGUCCCCCGCCCCCUGAAAAAAAAGCAGGGUGGGAUUGUAAUUGUGUAUAAAUGCACAAUUACAUGUACAUGGUGGCAAAGUACUUGAACACCAUGCAUCUAGCAUGUACACAACAUGAACCCUUGUUAGAUAAAAACCCUUCAGUCAGUUGUUCAACACAAACAAACAAUUCACCUUCACAUUUGGCUCAUGAACAAUAUUAGCUUGAUGCGCUCGCACAAACUGAUAUGACAUCACACAUGAGCAAACAAAUACGCGCACUCGCACUUUACGCAAACGUUAAGUCUUCACGGGCUCAUUUCCGCAAAUAAUUGUAACAGCAAAUUAAUUCACAGGCUAUUUGUGGCGGCAUUGUGAGAGAAGCAAAAAACAUACUUUCAUUUUUGGUGGGUCACGAGGUGCAUUCAGGGAUGGACAACUAAACAGGACAUCUCAAUUCCAAACACUCACACUCAAUUCAAAUUAACAACGCCAUAAUUUCCAGCAGAUGGUGCCAAAAUAAUAUGAGAAGUUUAGCGAACAACUGGAGGAUAGUCACCCCCCCCCC